AGGUGAAACCAGGUGUGUCUGAUUGCAGCUGUUGAAAACGAGCGCAGGAGAGGCGGCGUGGAUCCUCUGUCAGCGCAGAGGAACAGAACCGAACCGAACCGAAUCUACUGAUUCCCGGAACAUGGGGCCGCUCGGUUUCAAGCUGAUCCUCUUCGGCUUCAUGUGUCUCAGAGUUGAAGGAAGCUGCAGCCUGGAGAACUGCAGUGACCCCCGGACCUGCGUUCUGUCCGCGGACCGGAGGACCUGCCGCUGCGCCGCGGGACUUUACGGCCCGAACUGCGAACACGGCGCGCAGGUGAAGGUCCUGUGCGGCAGAGACUUCAUGAGCAUCCGGGCCGCGGAGGAUUUCUUCUCCUACCUGAAGGUCCCGCUGGAGUCGCUGCACCUGCCGAACCGGUCCUGCCGGGCCCAGAGGGAGGUGAUCGCCGGGACGCCGUUCUUCAUGUUCCGGACCUCCAGGGAGAAGUACCUGGCCUGCGGAGGGAAACCGCUGCAGAACUCGACCCACCUCCUGUACUCCCUCACGGUCCAAUCGGAACCUCAGGUCAGCGGGAACAUCAUCAGAGACCCGGCCAUUAAGCUGGACUUCACCUGCGUCUACCCGAACCUUCGCAGAGUCAGCCUGCCUUUUCCGGUCCGGCCCAUCUCCAGCCAGACGGUGAUGCAGGUGGAGGAGACGGACGCCACCAUCCGGAUGGGGCUGUUCGCCGACAGCAGCUUCAGCCGGGCCUUGAGCGGCACGCCGACCAUAGAGCUGCAGGACCCGGUGCAUGUGGAGGUCUCCGUGGCUGAGCCUGCGGACUUCUUCCUGCUCCGGGUCGAUGACUGCUGGGCCAGCCAGUCCCGGCAGCCCAACGCCUCCAGACUGCUUCACAGCCUCAUCCAGAACGGCUGCGUGGCCGACCCCACCGUGACCUUCCUCCCGCUGGCUGAGGAGCGGGCCGGGCCCAAUGGCCGGAGCUCUGGGGUCCGGUUCCGCUUCCAGAUGUUCCGCUUCACCGCUGGACCCGCCGAGUUCUACCUGCACUGCCGCGUGCAGCUGUGCGAGCAGGAUGACCAGCCGUCCUGCCUGCCGAGCUGUGGCGCCAUCAGCAAGCGGGAAGCCGUCAGGCCGUUGCCCAGUCGUGGUCUGUUGUCUUACGGACCGAUCCGGGUCGAGGUUCCGGACCGGCCCGAGUCCAAUGUUCUGACGGCGGCGGUUCUUCCUGUGGCCGCAGUCUGGACGCUGGGCCUCUUCCUCACCCUCCUCAUCGUCGUGGCCAAGGCCGGCAGGAGGCGGGUCCCCGGACCCGAGGGCCCCUGAUGGCAGGAAGCUCCAAUAGACCCUCUUUCAUCACUUCCUGUUUUCCUCCUGUUCACAGCAGCUUUUUAUAAAACUCUAAAUACUUUCAAGUUCUAGAUGUGAUUCAUUCCAGCCAGAAAACCCAAAAUAAGAUUUAUUAUGUUUAUGAUGCAGAAAAUAACGUGUUAAAUCUGUUAUGAUGGAGGAACCGGACCAAACCGGACCGGGGGCUCAUGACGUGUUGAAGUCAUCCUGUAGACGGUCAAAUGAUUUUUGUUAAUUUUGCCAACAGAAAACUAAUAACUUACUAAAUAUUAAAGUGGUAAUAAAUAAAGUUGGAAAGAAACUAUUCCAAUUUUUUAUUAAAUCUGUUUGCACAGCUGCAAUUCUACAACAAGAACAGCAGGUGGCGGCCUCGGCUCCUUAUGAAUGUAGGUCAACUUCAGGAGGUACGGCAAGCCGUUUGACCAGAGAAUAAUCUAGUUAUUUCAAUUCAGAACAGGCCCAGAUUCAGCUGCUUGGAGGUCCCUUAAAGGGCCCGGCUACCUGCAGUUUAAAACCCUCAGUGAUCAACCAGGACCGAUUCUACUGGGGCCCUGGCCCCGUCGGGGCCCCACUGGCCCCCCAUCUAGAACCGUCCAUGGACUCGGCCAAUCACAGAGCAGCAGCUCUGGAGGUGAUGAUGCUCAGAACCGACAGAGUAACCGGGUUGUCGGGACCGGACUGCUUUAUAGAACAUGAAAUAAACAGAAUUGCAUCUUU